UUUUCCAGGGUUAAGACGAAGAGCCCGUUCUUCAGACGUUUUCAUUCUCUCGUAGUCAGUCAUAGUAUCCUAAACUGACAGAAAUUGCGCCUCGCCUAAUUUUCUCUAUAUUUGUAUCGGCAACACAAGACAAAACCCUAAUUCUGUAUUCGUCUCUGAUAAAACUCAAACUCUCGCUGUCUUUUUUGCUAUCUGUGCAUCUGUUCGCUUCUUCACAGUGAGACUCUUUUCUCUCUUGGGCCUUUCCCUGAGACGCAUUGCUCGGAUUGGGGAUAUUACUGGUCGGCAGUUAUUGAGGCGGUUACGGUUUCCGUGUAGUUAUCAAUCAUAGCGUGUUAGGGUUAGUUCUCUCUCUAAUUCGCUCGUUCUAAAGGAUUUUUCUUAUAUUUUGUGCUGUUCAAACCCUAGGAGUUGGAGGUUAUAUACGUAUUUUCGGCCGUAUAUGCGUUUGUUCUAGGGUUUACAGUUUUACGGAUUCCUCUGCCGUGUUUGAGCGCUGAUUUUUAUUUUGUCCUAGGGUUUUCUGGAUUGUUUCUGGUGAGUGGGCGUGGACAUUUUACAGAAUCGCGUGUAUUCCUUCAUUAUUGCUUCUUAGUUCUUUCGUUAUUUCGAUUUUCGUUACAGAGGCGAUGGUCUCCUAGUGUGUUGUCAUCUAUUGCAAAUACUCCAUAGAGAGGGAGACAGAAACAGGGAGAGUUUCUAUGCUGUUUGUAACCCAUGCCUCUUGUUCUUGCCCUCAGGGUUAAAACUUGUUUCAAAAUCUGCUUCUUCUAAUUUGGUAUAUUGUGGAUAGAAACUCCAGUCCUUAGGGUUAUAGAACAAUAGCCAAUAAGUUUUUUGUUAGAGGUAAUUCUGAGCAAGAGUGAUUUGUUUAUUGAAUAACAAGAUAGGAUUAAGAUCUGUAGCAAAAGCUUUUGUAUAGCAGCAAACAAUUUUGUGGGAGUGGGGGUAACAAGCUGAUUGAGGUGCUAGUUUUUACUAUAACUGAUGGUGCUUUGUACUCCUUAUGGAAAGAAGUGAACCCGCUUUAGUUCCAGAAUGGUUGAGAAGUACUGGAAGUGUCACUGGGGGUGGCAGUUCAGUCCCCCACUUUUCAUCAUCAUCUUCUCACGCAGACGUUCCUUCGUUGGCACAUCAUACUAGAAGUAGGAAUCCUAAGAACACAAGUGAUUUUGAUUCCCCAAGGCCAGGUUUCUUGGAUCGAACAUCGUCCUCAAAUUCCCGCAGAGGUUCUAGUUAUGGUUCUGCAAAACAUGCAUACAGUAGUUUUGGCAGGAAUCACCGGGAUAAGGACCGUGAGAGGGAUAAGGAGAGGUCGAACUUUAUUGAGCUCUGGGACCGUGAUGGUUCUGAAUCUUUAGGAAACUUUAGCAGUAGAGGUGACAAUGCAUUGAGGCGUUCUCAGUCGAUGGUAUCGAGGAAACAGAAUGACAUUUUACCUCGGAGAGUUGCUGGGGACUCAAAAAAAAGCAGUGGCGGCCAUUAUAACAAUGGCAAUGGUAUGCUUUCAGGGGUUAGUAUCGGUAAUAGCAUCCCAAAAACUGUGUUUGAGAAGGAUUUUCCAACGCUUGGAACUGAAGAGAAGCAAGGAAUUCCUGAUAUAGGAAGGGUUUCUUCUCCUGGUCUGAGCACUGCUGUUCAGAGCUUGCCCGUAGGAAAUGCAACUUUGAUUGGUGGUGAGGGAUGGACCUCUGCUCUGGCAGAGGUGCCUGCUAUAGUUGGGAGUAGUACCAUAGGUACUACAGUGGCCGCGCAAACUGUUGCUGUUGGUUCUGUCUCCGGGACUUCAAGUCCAGUGGCAGGUAUGAAUAUGGCUGGAGCUCUUCAGACUCCAUCAAGAACUCGUGCUGCACCCCAGUUAUCUGUCCAGACACAAAGGCUUGAGGAAUUGGCAAUUAAGCAGUCAAGGCAAUUAAUCCCUGUGACACCCUCAAUGCCCAAGGGAUCGGUUCUCAGUUCUUCUGAUAAAUCCAAACCAAAGUCACUAGGCAGAGCUAGCGAGAUGAUUAUGCCUGCCAAGAAUGGCCCGCAGCCAAUUUCUUCAGUACAUCAUGUUAAUCAAUCUUUACAUGGUGGGCAUGUGAAAUCCGAUGUGCCAAAGACAUCUCAGGGAAAGCUUUUUGUUCUCAAACCAGGUUGGGAAAAUGGUCUAUCCCCUUCUACAAAGGAUACUGGUUUAGCAACUAAUGCCAACGGCAGAGUUGCAAAUACCCAGGCUGCUGCUACACCUUUGGUUGCAUCUGCUUCUUUGAGGAGCCCAAACAACUCAAAACUUCCAACUGGAGACUGGAAAUCAAAUUCCAUAAAACUGAUUUCAGGGUUAUCUGUGGAAAAGAGACCCUUGCCUCAAAGUCGGCAUGAUUUUUUGAAAGGCUUGAAAAUGAAAACUCCAGGGAAUACUUCUGCUGUCCUCCCUGAUUCACCCACUGUUGAUACAUCUCCAACCGCAGAGAAGCCUGGUGAAAUAUCUAAGAAUGUAGGUAGUGCCCCUGCAACACCUCAUGCUACUAAUAAUGGUGCUGAGGUAACUAGCAUCGAUGAUACCUGUUCAGAGGUUCAGAGGUUUUCUGAAGUUGGAGAGAAGAAUAUGAGCCCCCGUGCGGUAGUGGAUUCAGUUGAAGAGGAGUUUGCAUUCCUUCGGUCUCUUGGCUGGGAAGAAAAUUCUGGUGAGGAUGAAGGCCUUACGGAGGAGGAGAUCAAUGCAUUUUACCAACAAGUAAAUGAGUACAUGAAAUCGAAGCCUUCCUUUAAACUGUGCCGAGGUGUGCAGCCAAAGAUUCCUGAAUCGCAUACAGCUAGUGUUGGGGGAGCUUCCUCUGAGUUGCGCUCAUCUGAUUCUGGGUCUGAAGAUUAAUUUGCUGUUCCCUCUCAUAGUAGGUCUGGGAAAUUCCAAAUUUUGGUGACGGUUGGUUAAUUUCUUUGACUCCUAAAAGCUGAUAUGAUGAUUUGGGGUAUUAAAGUAGGGGGUGGGUUUUUGGUUGGAACUGGCAGUUUGCAGAUAUUGCAAUAAAGAUAAGGGCGCCUUAAUCCUGCCAGGAAAAUUUUCUUUUGGCUACAAGGUUGGUUUGUGAGGGUAGGUUAAAGGGCUAUUUUAUAUGGGGAUAAAAUUGCAUCAUUUGGGGCAUUUUGUCCUUCCCAUUUUCCUUCAAGAGAGUUUGAUUUUUACAAGGAAAAGUUUUUAUGGUGUUUUUGGUCAAUUUUACGAGAAAAGGAAAUUAAAUAGUGCCAUUUUUAGUUUGUCAUUAUUCUUCCCCCCCUCCCUCAUUUACUUUCUUUAGAUUUUUCUUAGAGCAAUCAUGUUUGUUUCUCGAGGCAAUAAUAACACGAGCAAGAUUGAAAUAUAAAAAUUCGUUUUGUGGAUUGAUUAUGGCA